UAGGUGAUCAAAUUCAACCAGAUCUAUCUCAGUAAGCCUACAAUUCUGGAAGCCGAUGGAACCACCGAUCCCCAGUACCCUAAUGACUCGCGAUUGCGUAACUUAACGUAUUCGUCCAAUAUCUUCAUUGAUAUCGAGAAGGCGGUGUAUACUGGUGACGAUGACGAGGGAACUCAGCAGAAAUUCGACAAAAUCUACAUUGGGCGAGUACCCAUUAUGUUGAAGUCCAAGUACUGUCUGCUGUUCAACUUGGGACAGAGCGAAUUGCAAGACAUCCGAGAGUGCCCAUACGAUCAGGGGGGUUACUUUAUUAUCAAUGGGUCUGAGAAGGUGCUUAUUGCCCAGGAGUCUAUGAGUCGUAACCAGGUGUAUGUGUUUGCGAAGAAGCAGCCGUCCAAGUACGCGUAUGCGGCCGAGAUCCGUUCUGCAACUGAGACGGGGCGACAGCCCGCACAGUCACUGUUUGUCACUCUGAUGGCCAGAAGUUCAGGAAGGGACAAAGUCGGGCAAACUGUCGAAUCCACCCUCCCUUACAUCAAGGCGGCUGUGCCGUGUGUGGUUGUGUUCCGAGCGUUGGGAUUUGUUGCCGAUAGAGAUAUCUUGGAACACAUUGUCUAUGAUUUCGGAGACGAGCAGAUGAUUGAAAUGCUGAAGCCCAGUCUGGAGGAGGCCUUUGUGGUGCAGUUGCAGAAUGUGGCCCUGGAUUUCAUCGGCACGAGAGGUCCCACCACUGGAGCCACCAAGCCCGAGCGUAUCAAGUAUGCCAAGGAGUUGCUGCAGAAAGAUAUGUUGCCACACGUCAGCGUAGAGGAGUUCUGUGAGACCAAGAAGGCGUACUUCUUCGGCUACAUGGUGCAUAGGUUGUUGCUUGCCGCAUUGGGCCGAAGAGAGUGUGAUGAUCGUGAUCACUAUGGUAACAAGCGCAUGGAUCUGGCGGGUGCGCUUCUGGCGGGUCUGUUCCGCAUUCUCUUCGCCAAGAUGACCAAAGAAGUGCAGAGAUCCAUCCAGAUGGCUAUCGAUAAAGGAAAGGAUUUCAAUCUGGGCUACUCACUCAAUCCGAUCAUUAUCACCAAUGGACUCAGAUACUCUCUCGCGACAGGGAACUGGGGAGAUCAAAAGAAGGCGCACACAUCGCGUGCUGGAGUGUCGCAGGUGUUGAACCGUCUUACCUAUGCGGCGUCGCUGUCGCAUUUGCGUCGUCUGAACACGCCUAUUGGACGUGACGGAAAACUUGCCAAGCCGCGUCAGCUGCACAAUACACAUUGGGGCAUGGUGUGCCCCGCCGAAACGCCCGAAGGACAGGCGUGUGGACUGGUGAAGAACCUUUCACUCAUGGCCUACAUCACAGUAGGCAGUGCUUCGUCGCCACUCAUUGAGUUCUUGGCUGAGUACAACACAGAGAGUCUGGAAGAGACUUCGGCUAGUUCUAUCCCCAAUGCCACUAAAGUCUUCGUCAAUGGUAAUUGGGUGGGUGUGCACACCAACCCCGACGAAUUAGUGGAGACCCUCAGAGCCCUGCGCAGAGAGGGAGGUGUGUCCGACGGUGUGUCGGUGGUGCGUGACAUCAAAGAAAGAGAGCUGCGUCUACUGACCGAUUCAGGGCGUGUUUGCCGACCGCUGUUCAUUGUCGACUUCGAAACACAAGAGCUCAAGAUUGGUAAGAAGUACGUCACAAAGCUCACGGACACGCGUUUGGAGCAGAAUCGCUGUCGUCUGGAUGGUAUCGAACUACCUGAGGACCACAAACCAUACACGUGGCAGUCUCUCAUUGAAGACGGUGUGAUUGAGUACAUCGAUUGCUCAGAGGAGGAGACGCUGAUGAUCAUGAUGCAGAUUGAGGACUUGGGCCGUAAUGAUCUGUUCUGUAAUACAUACACGCACUGUGAGAUCCACCCGGCCAUGAUUCUGGGCGUCUGCGCCUCUAUUGUGCCAUUCCCGGAUCACAAUCAGUCCCCGCGUAAUACGUACCAAUCCGCUAUGGGUAAGCAGGCUAUGGGUGUGUACAUCUCCAACUUCCACGUGCGUAUGGACACCAUGGCACACAUCAUGUUCUAUCCGCAGAAACCCCUCGCCGCCACACGUUCAAUGGAGUUCCUGCGUUUCCGUGAGUUGCCUGCGGGUAUUAACGCCAUUGUGGGGAUCAGUACAUACACAGGGUACAAUCAAGAGGAUUCCCUGGUGCUGAACAAGUCGUCGAUUGACCGUGGAUUCAUGCGAUCCAUCUACUAUCGAUCACAUCGUGACGAGGAGAAGACCAAAGGCCUGGACUGUGAGGAGACCUUUGAACGCCCAGAUAAGAUGACCUGCAGGGGCAUGCGAGCCGCGAAUUACGAUAAUUUGGAUCAUGACGGAUUCUUGGCACCUGGCACGCGUAUCGGUGGUGGGGAAGUGAUUAUUGGCAAAACAACCCCCAUUGUACAGGACGAUAGCUUGGCCAGUAUACAGCGCCACACAAAGAGAGACAGCAGUACGUUUAUGAAGAAGACUGAAGUGGGUGUGAUCGAUUCGGUGAUGGUGACCAUCAAUCAGGAGGGUAACACGUUUACUAAGGUGCGUGUGCGAAACAUCCGAGUGCCCAAUAUCGGAGACAAGUUUGCGUCGCGUCACGGUCAGAAGGGUACCUGUGGUAUCCAGUAUCGCGCAGAGGAUAUGAUCUUCAGUGGUGAAGGUAUCACACCGGAUAUCAUUGUGAACCCGCACGCUAUUCCGUCGCGUAUGACGGUUGGUCAUAUGAUUGAGUGUCUGCUCAGUAAAGUGGCGUCCAUCAAAGGAGAGGAAGGUGAUGCAACGCCGUUCCACGACGAGCUAACAGUGCACCGAAUCUCAGCCUUCUUGGAGCAGUACAACUACCACCCCAAGGGUAACGAGGUCAUGUACUGUGGCCAUACUGGGCGUAAGAUCAACGUACAGGUGUACUUGGGCCCCACCUACUACCAACGACUCAAGCAUAUGGUGGGCGAUAAGAUCCACUCGCGCGCGCGUGGCCCCGUGGCGAAUUUGACCCGCCAACCUAUGGAAGGUCGUUCCCGAGAAGGUGGUCUGCGUUUCGGAGAAAUGGAGCGCGACUGUAUGAUUUCACACGGUGCGGCGCUGUUCCUAAAGGAGAGGAUGAUGUACCAGAGUGACGCAUACAGAGUCCACGUGUGCAACAUCUGUGGUCUAUUCGCCAUAGCCGAUCUGGCUAAAAAUAGAAUGGAGUGUCGGGGGUGCAAGAAUCAUACGGAGGUGUCGCAAAUCGAGAUACCUUAUGCGUGCAAACUGAUGUUCCAAGAACUGAUGUCUAUGAGCAUUGCGCCGCGUCUGAUGGUACUGCAACCGGGACAGACCACGCGCAAGCCUCUGGGCAAAUUCCAACCGCCUGAAUGGCUCAAAACCGCUACAUCUGGGCGGAGUUGAGGUGUUGAUAAUAUAUAUAUAUACAUGUAUGUAGUGCGCUUCUUUAGUUGUCUGGUAUACUUGGAUUAAGAGUGUGAUGCAAACUCAGACCGUCGAAGAAGUAAGAGAGACGAGGCGGAUUAAGGUGCUGUGGCUGGACAUGGCAUGCAAGUAGUGCGAGGGGGGACAUCGUUCGGUAGCUUUGGGCAGGACAUGCCAGUGCACACGGUCUCGUUUGUAGGCGACACUUGUGCACGUGUUUAUCGAACAAAGGGCAAAGUUUCUUCAAGUGCACCGACAGCCGCGAGCUUGAGUUCUUUUGCCAAGUGUGCAGCAUAAAUGGGGGUAGAAUCGGGUCUAUUGCGACCUGCUUGGGAUCACGCCAAUUGCGAGUGGCCCUCACUUGGUGCUUUUAUGCACGCUGACUCAGAGUACAAUGUGUAUGUUGGGACGAAACAUACAUUUCGCCAUGUUGCAAUCCGUGAGUGUCCAUGUACGGUUGGGACGCCUUCUUCGGCUCUGUUUGGCGUCUGCUUGGGCAGUAUCUGCAUACUACUGUUCCGUGUACUAACAAAGCUCUUGAAGUUUAUAUCGGGCGAUAAACAUGGAUCGAAUCCUAAUACUUUUGGGCUCGGCUGCGGAGAGGAGGGGUCAGAUCGGACACGGCUUGCUUCGGAUCACCUAGCUUUUAAAUUUAUAUUGCUGUAGGGCUACUGCAUUUUUUUGAGCGGGAUUCGCAUGCUAGAACAUGUCCUUAGAAUGUCAAUAGAAUGUAAAAUUUAAAAACGAACAAGUCAAUAAAUAUACCCCGAAGGAGUCUGACAUGGUCAGAAGUAAACUAA